GUGCUUGAGGCCUUUGUAGUUAUUGUUGUCAUCGGCUAGUUAAUCUCUGGUUCUCAUUGAGUCCUGUGUCUACCUAGUUCUGAAUGCAAGUCGACUUGUAAACUUCUCUUUUUCGACACACUUGGAAUAUUAUCUAGACAGCUUAGGUUAUCUCCAAGACAAAUCGGCGUCGCCAACCACCGGCAGGAUCAAAAUGCUCACAACCUCAUUCCAGUUGACUCACGUCACCCCGGUCCCGGAUUACAUGACCCGUGAGGAGGUCCUCUCCCGCCUCCACAACGCAGAAGUCCACAUCAAGAGCGACCCCAACUUGACGCACUGGACGCCCAGCACGCCAAAGGUGCCACCCACUGUCCCAGAGGAUGUCGAUUCCAUUGCAGUCACUGAGUGCUUUACCGUUACGGAUACUGUGCCCACCAAUCUCCCAAAAGCGCUGCCCAAGGGCAUGUUGGAGAAGAAGAGCAUUAGCGAGUACGAGUUCACCUUCACCCCGGACGGAAGCUUCGUCAAAAUUCACUGCCCCAUGAGCGUUCUCUUGGAAACGCGUUGGUGUGUUCGGAAGGGAAGCGACGGCAGUCUAGAGUUGGAAGAAGUUGUGGACGCUCACUGCUCUCGCUUCCUGGUGGGCGUUGUCAAAGGUGAACUGGAGAAGAACUGGGUAGAGGUGCAUCGCACGAUUUUGACGGGCAAAGCUUGAGCAGUAGGAUCAUCAAUCUCUCGCAAUAGACG